ACUCCCACAACUGUUAAAGCUUGGUUUGGUGGUGACACUGUCCCUCUGAGAAGAGAGAAAUAGAAGACAGAGAGAGUCCCUUCCAGACAAAACGACGCCGUUCAAUCCCCUCGCCGACGAGAAUGGCAGACGAACAUGUAGAAGCCGAUAACGCAGAGGCCAUAAUCGCCCGAAUCGAGCACAAAUCUCGAAAGAUCGAAAGCUUACUCAAACAGUACAGACCCGUCGAAGCUCUCAAAACCGCCCUUGAAGGCUCGCCUCCCAACACCAGAGACGAACGAUGCAAGUCUGCGAAUUGGAUAAUGGUGCAUAGAGCUAUUAUGGCCAUAAAAGAUGUGGAUGGGAUGUUUUCUUCUUUGGAUCCUGAGUACUAUGACAUUCUCAUGAAGUACUUAUAUAGAGGCUUGUCAACUGGAGAUCGUCCCACGUGCGACCAGUGCCUUCGAAUUCAUGAAAAAUUAACAGAGAGAGCAGGUUUGGGAUGCAUACUACGUUCCCUUUCAGACACUGUGAAUACAGUAUGAUGUCUUUCACUUCCUCUGGUAAUCACUUGCAAGGUUGACAUUCUUGUCUAGAUGUACAACAAACUAGAACACCUGGUGCCCCCUUAUAACUUCCAGCAGAUGCUCUUUCAGAAAGUUGUGUAUCCUGGUGCUGAUUUUUCUGCUUCUGAACAAUCUCAAUAUCAAAUCCUUAGUGGCUUUUUGUUUCUUUUAUAUGCUUAUGAUUCUGAUGGUAUCCAUUGAAGUUGUAAACUGUUAAUAUAAGAGAAUUCUACAAGUUCUACAAGAGAACAACUGAAUUGUUUAUUUACUUUUUGGUAUCUUUAUUUGCAAUAUAAUAGUACAAAUUAAGUCUACUUUUAGCAGUUC